CCGCGCCGCCCGUAAUUUCUUUCCGCCGCGACUCGCGGCGCCCGCCGGUGCGCGCGCGUCCGCAACCGCCACCACCGCCUUCCCACUCCCAAAUAGUAGUAAUAGUCUUCCUGCCACUUUCCUCAUCCCUGUCUUGCUUGCCACCUCCCCUCCCCUCCCCUCUGCUGCUCUCUGCACUCCCCUGCCGCCCUGCGGCGUUUGCUUCACCUGCUGCUGCCGCCCGUCGGCCGUCGGCAGCCUCCAGUCACCACCCCGUCCGGCGCGGCUGUCCCUCCCGCGAGACGGCGAGAGGACGCGUGUCCAAGCUAGGCUGGCGGCACCUUGGUCCGCGUCGCAUGGACGCCCGCAUCGCCGCCAACCGGGUGCCUGCCUAACCGGCCGAUUUCCUUCCUUGCGUAGCUCCAUUCAACCGCACAAAUAGCGCGCGGCUUUCCCAAUUCCCGUCCCGUGGCUCUCCUUCCGAGAUCUUUGCCACUUCGUGGGUCUUGUAGCGGCUGGGGGUGAUGGAGUGGGGGGACAGGGCCAAGGCUGCCGCGGCAGCGGACGAGAGGGCCGGAGGUGGGGAAGGGCUCGGGGGGUACGUCAAGGUGAUGACCGACGAGCAGAUGGAGGUGCUCCGCAAGCAGAUCUCCAUCUACGCCACCAUCUGCGAGCAGCUCGUCGAGAUGCACCGCACCCUCACCGAGCACCAGGACUCCAUUGCAGGAAUGAGGUUCAGUAAUCUGUACUGUGAUCCUUUAAUUAUUCCUGGAGGUCACAAGAUCACAGCAAGGCAACGAUGGCAACCAACACCGAUGCAGCUGCAGAUCCUUGAGAACAUAUUUGACCAAGGCAAUGGAACACCAAGCAAGCAAAAGAUAAAGGAGAUAACAGCAGAGCUCUCACACCAUGGCCAGAUCUCUGAGACAAAUGUCUAUAACUGGUUUCAGAACAGACGGGCACGGUCGAAGCGGAAGCAGGCUGCUGCUUUACCUAAUAAUAACACAGAAUCUGAAGCUGAAGUGGAUGAGGAGGCCCUAACCGACAAGAAGCCGAAGUCAGAUAGGCUGCUCCAUGAGAACAAAGCUAUGAGUGUUCACACUGAGAGGAUCUCAGGGAUGCACCACUUUGAUGCAGAUCAUGAUCAAAUCGGUGGCAUGAUGUACGGAUCCAGUGAAAACAGCAUGAGAUCGUCUGGCAAUUCUGGCCACAUGUCCUUCUAUGAGAACAUCAUGUCGAAUCCAAGAAUCGACCAUUUCCCGGGGAAGGUGGAGAGCUCCCGGAGCUUCUCACAUCUCCAGCAUGGGGAAGGCUUUGACAUGUUUGGAUGACAUCUCUCGGCACUGAGUUACCCUGUAAAAAGUGAUUGCUGACAGCAUUCGCCCAAUUCGCUGACAUGAAAGUUCAUCCUGAGCGACACAGUGUUGCUUGCCAUGGUCUGUUUUAACCAACCGCCAGAUGGAAGCUAGCUCUCCUGGAACCUACUUGUUGGAAUAGGUGUAAGAAGUUGAUAUAUAGUAUUUGCCCGUAGUCUAUCAUACGCUAAAAUAUUUCCAUGUAAUCCCUUCACGUUUGCAAAUUUAGCAUGAGACUGUCGUAUGCUGUGCGGCAGCUUCUUGUCGCGCUUGCCCUUU